CUUAGCGGUUCCGCGAACGCGUCAGUGCUGUGUAUACGCAUCGCGCAAAGCGAAACGUCAAUCGAAGGUGGGGACCACGAGGGCGAAACCAGGCGAAACUUUGUUGGCUCACAGUACACGGCCGUCGUUCAGGCAAAGAUGGCUACCAUGUUGUCGCGAGUGAUCUCACUCGCGGAGAGUCUCAGCCGAUUAAACGGUCCCAAGAUAUUGACGGUCAAAACCAAUUUGGUGAAACAACCAGUCAGAAAUUUAAAUGUACACGAACAUAUUAGCUACAGUUUGCUUAAUGAAGCUGGCGUGCCUACUCCGAAAUUCGGCGUCGCCAAAUCUGCGGAUGAGGCCGCCAAACUUGCUGCCGACUUGAAAACGAAAGACAUCGUCUUGAAAGCCCAGGUGCUCGCUGGUGGCAGAGGAAAGGGACAUUUCAAAGGGACGAACGUUAGCGGAGUGAAGAUGUGUGAAACUCCGGAAGAAGCCAAAGCAUUAGCGAGCCAGAUGUUGAAUAAACUGCUGAUCACGAAGCAAACUGGUGAGGCAGGCAGGAUAUGCAAUGCCGUGAUGGUCACGCAGCGUAUGUUUCCUCGUAAAGAAUAUUACCUUGCCGUUAUGAUGGAAAGAUCCUUCGGUGGUCCAGUCAUAAUAGCUUCCAGUCAAGGUGGGGUAAACAUCGAAGAAGUUGCUGCGACAAAUCCUGGCGCUAUAAUGUACGAACCUAUUGACAUUUAUAAGGGAAUUACGAAGGAACAGGCGGAACGUAUAGUUAGCAAGCUCGGUCUUGACAAUGUGAAAGAUUACAUUUCCAAUAUGAUCAUAAAUCUCUACCAACUAUUUCUCAAGAAAGAUGCAGUUCUUCUAGAAGUAAAUCCUCUUGCUGAAGACAUUAAUGGAAAUUAUUUUGCUCUAGAUUGCAAAUGCAGAUUCGAUGACAAUGCCGAAUUUAGGCAAAAGCAACUGUUCAGUCUGAGAGAUUGGUCCCAAGAGGAUCCUAAGGAAGUCGAAGCCGCGAAGUUUGAUCUGAACUACAUCGCGCUCGACGGUAACAUAGGUUGCAUGGUGAACGGAGCUGGUUUAGCCAUGGCUACAAUGGACAUCAUAAAACUGCAUGGGGGCGAACCGGCUAAUUUCCUUGAUGUCGGUGGCGGUGCAACGACUUCCGCAGUGAAAGAAGCAUUUAAAAUUAUUACUUCUGACGAACGUGUUCAUGCUCUCUUAGUUAACAUUUUCGGAGGUAUCAUGAGAUGCGACGUUAUAGCGGAAGGUAUUAUCGCCGCAACCAAGGAACUAAGUUUGAAAAUUCCCGUUGUUGUUAGAUUGCAGGGUACCAAUGUGGACGAAGCCAAAGCUCUGAUCGCGAACGCCGGUUUGAAGAUCGUACCGAUCGACGAUCUCGACGAAGCCGCCCGAGUUGCAGUAAAGUUAUCAACUAUCGUUAAAUUAGCACAAUCCGAAAAUCUCAAUGUAAAUUUCGAAAUACCUGCAAUUUCAUAGGUACCGAAUAAUUUAUAAAUUGUAUAAUGUUACAAAAAAUCAUAUAUUGUACUCAAUCGCGUUAAAACAAUUUUAAAACGUCUCUCUGAAAGUGAUAACUUAAUAACAAUGAUAACUAAUUUCUUUGUGUAACUAGAGAGAAUGAAACA